AUGGCCCUUCGUCGCUUAGCCCAGAACAACGCAGCGGCAGCCACCCCAAAGCGGGAGGCCGACUCCCCAGUCGCAAAGCCAAGGCUAUCGAUGCCGACAACCCCAAGAAACAGAGUCUCUAUAGGCCCAUAUCGGUCCCCAGCCUCGACUCCAUCUCUGUCUGCCACGAUUCCCUUUGACUGGGAAGCCGCUCGUUCUCGUGCACCACCACCGUAUACACCACUUCAGCGCAAACUCAGACAAAGUACCGCCGGAGACUCGACUGACAGUCCUCGUCCAGUUAGGCGCGCUUUUGUACGAAAGAAAGGUUUCUUUGAAAAACUCCGGGAUACACCAUCCAAUGUCGCGUUUUAUCUAUCCAUGUUCCCUCAAAAUCUUCCACUUCCUUCGGCAAAGGCUUCCUCGAGGAUCUUGGCCGGGAUCAUGCACCUCGCUCAAUUUUCUUUACGUGUGAGCAAAGCACGCCGAUCACCCAGUAACUGGGAGGAUAUCUACGGCGACGACGACGAUGCAUGGUUCGAUUGGACCUCGUUGUUGACCGUCAUCCUCCUCGGUGCUGCUUUCGCCAAUGCAGCAUACCUCUUGUCCCGUACACGAAAGUAUCACUUUCAUCGCCGGGUCGACCCCAUCUCUUCGCCCAACGCGAAAUUUGUGCCCAAGGACUGGGACACUGCUCAGCCACUCCGUCGGCCACUGUGGAGACGAUCCCUGUCGUUUUCCUGGUGGGCGUUUAUCAGCUCAUGGAGGUUCCUCCUGAACAUUCCUUCGCCACCGCCUGCACCUGCUAACGCAGGACCCGCAUCCAAGAUCCAAGAAUUGGAAGUCUGGACUCCGAAUGAACUCGAACUGCAGCUCUUUAGCUUGUAUUCACCUGUACAUGCUUUGCUAUGGCAGGCCACGUCCUCUGCCAACUGGAUAACCAUGCUCUUCUGCAUGGGACUGUUAACCAUCACGCUCAAUGUCCUCAUCUUCCAGUAUCAAAUGUUGGUAAAAGACAAGGAAGCUAUUGCUGCGGAGGUCAUGAGCGAGUACAACGAAGGAUUUGUUUACCCAAGGAUAAACCCUAUCCGACACGACGUCGGUGUAAUGACCCACGAAUCAGAGAUCGUCAGUGUUUGGGAUUAG